AAUUUACAUAUUAUGAAAAUCGUAGAAGACCACGGAAUUGUACAAAGUUGCAGUUCAGGAGGUGGCUAAUUCGUCUGUCCUUUUUUUUGGCUCUUUGAAAGAACCAAGAUACUAUGUCCCUUGUCCUGUUUCUUGUCUUAAUCCCCUUUUACUCAUUCUGAAAUGGCUGUCUCAGUUGCUUUUAAAAAAUUAUUCAUGAAGUCUGCUUGGCCUUUUUCAGAAGGACAGUCCAGAUCAACUGUAGUUCUGCUUCCAACCUCUCGAUCUUUUGGUAGUGAUUUUAGACUUCUGCUUUGUCAAAGAAGUUCCUGAUAUGUGCUUCAAAUCACCGGUGAGAUGGUAAAAGUUAGCCUGUUGCCCAGCAUGACGGAUAAACAGAAGACCAAGACUUGUUUGCCACUAAGUGGUCCAGGCACUGAUAUAAAUGUGUCUUCCAUCCACACAGUGGGGUAUUUGGGAAAAUUUUCUCAAAGUACUUUACUCGACCUGCAAGAAUAUUGUCCAGUUUGUGCAGCAGACGGGAAAAGACAGGCCCUACGCAGAUAUUGUAUAAGCUUUGAAGAAUCCAUUCUUCUUUGUGAAAAUCCACAGUGUUUCUUUCCUUUGGGAUGUAAACCAUUGAAUGAGAUCCUAAUUUCAUCCACCUUAGCAAGUCCUCAAUCAUCAGAUUCCAGUGCAAAGAGCGUAUUUGAAUCGGGCUUACUGGUUCAACCGUGCAAACAGAAUAUAAAACGACAAAAAACUUUGAAUUGUAGUGAUGAAGGUACUGGGGAUAGUCUCAGUGGCCUUUCCAAGGAAGGUGCAUUUCAGUUUGCAGACAGUAGCUUAAAUAGAAUUGACAAUUUUGUUCCUUGUUCAAAAAAUGGAAACAAUCAUGAGGCAGUUAAUCCUACUACUGCGAGAGGCACCGUUGUCACAAAUGAACCAAUUCCUGUGGCUCCUGUUCAAUUAUGUGGCAAAAGAAAGGAGCCAUCAGCUGAAUCUGAACAUUCUGGAUUGGAAGUUCCUAAAGAAGAAUUGUAUAUUGAACAAUUAAUUCUUCAGUGGAAGAACACGUCUGCUCUCUGCUGGCUAGACUGUAUAUUAACAGCUUUAGUCCACUUGAAAAUGAUUCGAAAUGUCAUAAACAAUGUAGGAACCGAAGUAGAAUCUCCGAUUAAGAAACUAUGCACCGAAUAUGAUCAGGCAUGUGCACUAUUAUGUAACAGCCAAUGUCAUGGAACAGGUGAUGGUUCAUGGCAUAUUCCUCCUCAGUUGCUUAUUCAGAUAGAAUUAAUACUGAACGAUGUCCGGGAGAGCUGCUUCAAGUUGCUUCAACCAAAGCUGAGGUGUGAAUUGGGAAAACCUGAUAGCCCAGUUUUUGCUUUUCCACUUCUCCUAAGGCAUGAUACCUAUUUUGAGAAGUUCUUUAUGCAGUCGUAUAUUUGGAGUUUUGAAUGUAUUAGGUGUGGUUACAAAUAUGAUGAGAGAUGUACAAAAACUUUGCCUACAUUUACGAAAGUAGAUUCAGAUUGGCAUCCUCUGAAUGCUGUUCAUAAAUCACCCUGCAAUAAAUGUCAAGAUAAAGAUCAAAGGAGGAAAAUGCUUAUAGAACGGAUAUCCUCAAUAUACAUGCUACAUUUUGUGGAUGGCCUACCACAUACGGACUUGAAUGCUUACAGAUUUGAUUUUCAAGGCAGCUUGUACAGAAUCUGCACCGUUAUUCAAUAUUUGCAGCGUAUGAAGCACUUUGUCACUUGGAUUCGGAAUUCUGAUGGUUCUUGGCUUCGAUGUGAUGAUUUGCAAGGUUCCAGUUGCUUCAGAUGUUUAACAUUAGAAGUUCCUGCACCUGAAGUUCACAUUGUCAUCUGGGAAAACAAUGACUUUGAAAAAACAACAUGGAACAAGGAUAUCAUUCUACAUGGUGAUUCUUCAUCUGCGACUUGUCCUAAUGCUCCAUCCAUAAGGACUGAGGUCACUUCCUCUGAUGUGCAACUUCCCACUGAAACAUCAUUAAUGAGUUCUGUUCAGUUUAGUACAGCAGAUAAACCAAUACUCAGUACAUUUAAAGAGAUUACCACACCAUAUAUAGAUUGUGUAAAAGAAAACAAUAUAAAAGGAACUUCAAACAGUAAUUUGUGUUCAGAUCUGGAGCACCCAGGAGAUGAUACAAUGAUAACACUGAAUCUUGUUGAGGUUAAAGUAGAUGAUAAAGGGAAUCCAUUGUGCAGCACUCAGUUCAUACCAGACGCUCAGCGGUUACAAAAUUCACCACAGGUGACUAUUGACCAUAACAUCUCUGUCCAUCCUCACACUGAAGUACAGUAUUCUAAUGAAGAAUCCCAUCAAAUUGCUGAAACUGUUGUAAAUUUUGAUGUGGCUCAAAAGCAUGUUUUGCAUUCUGAAAUGCCAUCUAGUCCAUUUGGAUCCUUGCAAUUACAAGACACUGGUGUACCUGAUGUUCAGCUGCCAAUGUUACAAAGGGAUUCCUCUGUGAAAACCUUGACAGUGACUACAGCUCCAUGUCAAGUAGAAAAAAUGAAAAUCCUUUCUGAAAAUUCAGAAAUUCCCACAAAAUCUGAUAACAAAAUACAAAAGGAAGAUUGCAAUAAAAUCACAGCAUCUCUGAUUGUGAAAUCACCUGCUGCAAAUAAGUCAUCAGCUGAUAUUGCUCGGCCUGCAGUAACUAAACGAAGCUUCACUGGCUGGGGAAAGAGUCUGUUGAAUCGUCACCUUUCGAUAUUGAGCACCAAUGAACCUAGAACAACAACUAAGAAUGAAGUUAGGAAUACUCAAAGGAGUGGUUUGAUAAGAGUGACAAAUUCAAAGCAUCCUGUGAAGGAGCAUUUUGAUGGGUUUAAAAGCAAAAAUCUUCCAAAACUUGCACAAAAGCCAACCAAAAAUCUACCUGAAUCACCAGAUCUAACUAUUCCAAAUAUUACCUGCAUACAGAAGAGCAAUCCUCAACAGGUCAGUAAUAUGAAGGAAAACUGCAAAGAUUUAUUGUCCAAGAAAUUAUCUUUGGGUGCCCAUACUUUAAAUAAAAUACAUCUUUCCAAUUCGUCAAAAUUUGGUAAAUCCUUGAUGCAUGAAACAGGGACUUGUAAUAUGAACUAUCAGGGCUCAGUCCCAGUUGAUAAAACAGAACCGAAUAACAUAGAUUCCAAAGCUCAAAAGCUCCGUCUUAAGUUACUCAAAAAACUUCAAACCAAAAAAAAUCAAUUGGCAUCACUUGACCAACUAAUGAAGACUAAUCAAUGUGGUGAAGCUGUGAGCCCUGAACAAUCAUUAAAUCUUGCAAAUAAUAAUGGAGACCUGGUGUAUGAUGAUUUUUUGAAUGAACUUUGGCGUCAGCCUGGAGUUGAAGACAGUGAAUCUGUUUGUACCAGCUCGAGCGCUUCAUUGAGCAGUAGCCCAAACCACGAUGAAUUACUUGCAGAACUGUUCACUCCAACUACAGCUACUACAUUUGACUGUAUGAAACAUGACUUGAGACUUUGUGAAAUGCCACCAGAUGGAGUAGCAAAUGGUAAACCGAAUAAUGACUACAGCAUGGCUUCAGAGACUGAAAACAAUGACUGCACAUCACCUAUUUCAGCUUUAAAUAUGCAACAACAAGCUUAUAGAAAUGAGUUCAUUGGUAUAACUAACAACCAUGCAUCAUCUUUUGAGAGUCCUAUUAAGGAUGAAAUGUUAGUAGAUUUAUUGUCCAUUUCAACUCUUAAUUCUUUAACAGAAGAACAUGAAUUGCCCAACUUUGAUGAAGACCUUUUUGAAAACUGCUAGGAAUUGAUGGUUCAUUAAAAAAGUAAAAAAAAGUGGUUUAAAUGACAA